AUGGCCAUUCCUUUCUUUUGCCUCGUUGUGGUGCUUUACGAGUUCCUCUACCUACAGGAAUACGCAGUUGGUGGUGCCAAAGAAGACCGUGAUCUUCACAUUCGUACAGUAAACAACGCUGCCGCAGCCUUACCAGAGUCUACAAAUCCGCCUUCCAUCAUCAAUGGACGUCACACCAUCAUUUUGGUUGCCAACUACCGCGAUUCAACCAGAUGUUCGGAGACACUACGCUCAAUUUUUGAUAACGCGAAGGCACCCGAUAACUUGAAAUUAAGUAUAUAUGAUCAGAUAUACCCGUCAAAGAAUGAGAGUCAAUGCGUGGAAGCCUUUUGUAAACUCGUAGGCGAAGAUUAUUGCCGCCGCUCACAAAUUGUCUCAUCUCAGAUUGAUGCAUCUUAUGCGAAGGGCCCUACUGCUGCACGGUACGAGACCGAGAAAGAGAUUUCGGAUGAAGACUUCUGCAUGGCAAUUGACUCCCACUUAGUCUUCGUUCCUGAUUGGGACGAGAACAUUAUGGCGCAGUGGGACUCAAUAAAAAAUCCUAAUGCUAUCAUUUCUGUGUAUCCAAAGGCCAUUGAGCAUUUGAAGAAUAGAGAUGUGGAUAAUCAAGUGCAGCUUAUGUGCCAGUCUCGCAUCGAGUCGAAUGACAGAGACGCUAUGGUGCAGUACGCCGCCCCUGUAUGGAUCGAUAAGAAGAAGACGCCAAAACCACGGCUGAUGUCGCAACUUGCCGGAGGAUUUAAUUUUGGAGGAUGCAAACAAACGAAGGAGGUUCGAAAUGACCCAUACACGCCUUACCUUUUUCAUGGCGAAGAAUAUUCACGUGCCGCACGGCUCUGGACUGCUGGUUACGACUUUUACGUGCCGUCAGAUGACAUCGCGUACCAUUGGUACGAGACGCGAAAUGUGGUUUGGGAGAGCGACUGGAACAAGCGCUAUAUAAAACAACAAGCAUCCAGACGACGCAUUCGCUAUAUUCUUGGACUUCCUGUGACCAAAGAAGAUUUUGAUCGUACGGACCUGAAAAACUUUUCCCUCGGUACCAAGCGAACGUUCCAGCAAUGGAAGAAUUUUUCGGGAAUUGAUCCGCUGGCCAAAUUCAUUUCGAGUAAUAUCUCGCAGUUUGACAACUGCCGCGAGCUUGAAAAAAAAAUCGUGCUGCAGCAUGUGACCUUUGCCCUCGCGCUUCUUGUGUAUGCCCGCAACACUGGACGCAACCUAAGUCAGUUACGACUUUUGCUGCAGCAAACUGAGCCUCAUCUAUCGUGGCCCGAGUAUUUAAAGGCAACACUCAGGUACUUUACAGUCGGACAACUCAUUGCUGGAUCAGAGUACCUGUUGUGUCUUGUAAAGCCUCGACUGGCAGCGAGAAUUGGUCGCUUGCUUGUGUGUAUACCUCAUGAUUGUCGCGUCAAUUGCCGGUUCGGACCUCAUAAACGCAACAUGCUCGACUUUUACGGAGUGCAGACUGCAAAAGCUAAUCCUGUCUUGGUCUUCGUGCAUGGAGGAGCAUGGUCCUUUGGACAUAAGUGGCAGUAUGCGCUGGUUGGUGAAUAUUUAGCCACGCAGGGUGUUCUCGUGGCUGUCAUCGACUAUAGAACAUUUCCAAAUGGUUCGAUUGUGGACAUGAUAGAGGAUGUUGAAAAUGCUAUCUUUUGGGUUGCUGAAUAUUGUCGCUCGCUGGGCGGAGAUAGCACCAGGCUUUUUCUGAUGGGGCACUCUUCUGGUGGCCACGUGGGAGCUUUAGCACUUGUCAAUUCAGCUGUCCGCCUUACCACCAAUGACUCAAUGCCUUCAAAUGAAAGAGAAAUCGCGAAAUGUGUGCGUGGGUUUAUAGGGUUAUCAACGCCCUACGACAUCUCAGACCAUUAUGUUUUCGAAAGUAAACGCAUCAUGGGACCCUUCAAUGGUGUGCACGAGAUUUCGUCCAUGAAACCUGCUAUGCUGGGCAUGAACAAUUUUGAAAAAUUUAGCCCAACAGCACUCGUCGAAAAGUCAAGAAGCAUGGGAACUUCACUCCCACCAUUUCACAUUCUACAUGGAGAGGAUGACACGGUUGUCCCAACGAGUUCGUCGAAGAAGUUUGUACAUAUUUUGAAACAAAAAGGUCAAGAAGCGACGUACUACGAGAUCUGCUGA